GAUUAAAAAAACCACAGGGGGAGUGUGCUUGCGAUUUUUUUUUAUCGUUUACUAUUUUUUAAUAUUUUAUGUAGUGAUAUAUGAAAGUAGUCAUGAACAUUACUUAUAAAGCAAGAUAACCUUCCCACUUUUAACUUUUCCCGCUUUCUUGUUAUGAUUUGACCGAUAUGGAAAGUUGAUCAUUGAUAUCUUAGAAUAGUCGAAUAGUUGCAUUAACGAUGGAAGAAGAGGAGGUGAUGGAACAGACCCCGAACCAGGAUGAGGGCGACGAAGUCCCGAAGAAAGCUGUCAAGUUUAAAACACCGCCGAGGAACAAACCGGCCCGACUACCACUAGGCAGGAUAAAGCAAAUCAUUAAAAUGGACCCAGACGUGUCCCUAGUCAGCUCUGAAUCAGUUUUUCUAAUCACCAAAGCCACCGAGCUGUUCAUCGAAUCCCUUAGCAAAGAUGCUUAUACGCACCUGGCUGUGACCAAAAUGAAAACCAUACUCGGACGUCAUGUCGACAGUGCCAUAGCUUCCUCCGAUGCACUGACGUUUUUGGAAGGAGCGUUGGAUUUCUGAUAUGUAUAUACUUUUCCAAGAUAAAAAUAUGUUUUUAUUAUUAUUAACUAAUGUUGAAUAGAAUAAAUAAAUAUUUGCCUUGUUAAUCUUGGUAAGUAAUUUUGAUAUAAGAACAUGUAAAUAAAGUCAAUUUUUUAAGUGACA